UUAAGGCGCAACCUUUAUUUAUGUCUCGUUCAUCAUCAACUCGUCUCUAUACUAUCCCCCUCUAAUUCGAUCCAAAACCCUUCGGUCUCUCUCUCUCUCUCUCUCUCUCAUCCCAACCCCACUUCAUUGGAAAAACUCCGGCGACCCUGGACACGAACGCGGGCGACAAGAUCCGUACUCCAACAUAUUGCUUCUGGUCUGGUCUCCAAUUUAAGGAAUUAAAUUGGGAACUUAGGGCACGAUUUGGGUAUUUAUUUGUCGAUAAUUUCCGAGUGGGAACUUGGGUUGGUUUUCUCAGGAAAGUUGUGAUUUUUUUGGGGAAAAUUGGUGGGAAAUACGAGUGUAGUUGGGUGGUGUCAGAAGAAAGAGAGGAGUGUUGCCACCGGCGGAGCAGACGGGAGGAGGUGUGUGAGGGAGCUUAACCUUCAAUCUUCCCAUGUUGAUUUUUCCAGGUAAUUGAAGGUCGCCAACCUUCGAUCUGAAGGACAACAACGAGAAAGGGAGAAAGGGGAAGCGAGGACUGGCUUUGGAGGUUGGGGAGUCAUCGGUGGGUGGCUGGGGGUGGUGUUUCGUAGAUAGGAAUUGGGGAGGGGUCUUUCUCCGAUUCUAACUCCCUUCGCCCCUGUUCUCAUACCACAAUGGCCGCCAUGGAAGGCGUUCUCCAGAACCAACCUCCUCAGCCCCAACAACCGCCGCAACCCAUGGCGGUGGAGAGACUAAACGACGCCGUGCAGCAGCAGCUGAACCUCGAGGCCGUCAAGACCCGAGCCAUCAGCCUCUUCAAAGCCAUCUCCCGCAUUCUCGAAGACCUCAAUGCCUACGCUUACGCCAACACCACGCCCAAAUGGCAAGACAUCCUAAGCCAGUACUCCAUGGUCAACCUCGAGCUCUUCAACAUCGUCGACGAAAUAAAAAAGGUCUCCAAGGCCUUCGUGGUGCACCCCAAGAACGUCAACGCCGAAAACGCCACGGUGUUGCCGGUGAUGCUGUCGUCAAAGCUGUUGCCGGAGAUGGAGGUUGAAGACAAUGGAAAGAGGGAGCAAUUGCUUCAUGGGUUGCAGAACCUCCCAAUUUCUUCCCAAAUUGACAAGCUUAAGGCGAGGAUUGAUAUGAUUGGAGCUGCUUGUGAGAGUGCGGAGAAAGUGUUGGCUGAUACACGAAAAGCUUACUGUUUUGGAACCCGUCAAGGCAUUCCGAUUGUUCCUACUCUGGACAAGGCGCAGGCUGCCAAAAUUCAAGAGCAAGAGAAUCUUCUCCGAACUGCGGUUAACUUUGGCGAAGGUUUACGGUUACCUGGUGAUCAAAGACAGAAUGCACCUGCACUUCCAACGCAUCUGGUAGAUGUGCUCAGUGUAGGUGAUGGAGUGCAAGCUUUCCCUGAAGCAUCGGGUAUGUACUCAAAGAAUAUCCCUGUAUCAUCAAGUAACUUGGCUGGUCAGAGCCCUCUAAUGCAGGUUUCUGGAUCACAAAUUAUGGGAAGGCCGGCUGCAUCUCCUGGUGGUCCAAGUGUUUCAAACUUUGAUAGCACAACUACAUCUCCGCUGCCAUAUGCCAACUCACCAAGGUCUGGUACAACUAUGAUGAAUACCCCAUCUCCUCAACAACAAAGCCAGCAACAGAAGCAACAACAACAGCAGCAACAGCAGCAGAAGUUGAUGCAAUUACCUCAGCAUCAGCAACUCCUGGCUCAGCAACAAUUUAGGCAGAAUGCAAUGCAAGGAAUGGGACAAAAUCAGGUGCAACAGCUGCAGGAUUUGCAGGGCCAGGCUCAGCAGAAGUUUCAGUCGUUACAUGGACAGCAUCAAUUCUCUCAGUCACUGGGGCACCAGCAAUUUCAAGGUCGGCAGUUGCCCUCUGGACAUGUACAACAUGGCAUUGGUCAGAACCAACUUAACCCGGGAAGCCAAAUGAAUCGCCAUCUUAGCCAGUUUUCUGGCACUGCUAAUAGUGCAUUGUUUAAUGCUGCUCAAACGACACCAAGUCAAAUGAUACCAAACAUGUCGGCUACUAUGUCCUCUCAAUCACUUCUGCCACGAAUGCAGUUUGAAAUGCCUGGUAACAUUCCUCAGAGGAGUCACACUUCCCAAAUUUCGAGCGAUCAAAUGUUUAAUAUGGGAGCAGCAAAUACCGGUGGUAUGAUGCCUCUACAACAGCAGCAGCAGCAGCAACAGCAACAGCAACAUGGUUCACAAGGUUCCUUCGGAAACAUUCCGCCGAAUGCUCAGAAUCUGCAGUCUAAUAUGGUAACACUUCAGGGCACACCACAAAAUCAUUCCAAUUUUGGCCAGCAGAGACAGCAAAACCAGCAAUAACAAUAAUUAUUCGUGUGUCUGACACAUACUCGAUAAAUAUUUAACUUUUAUUAUUUAGUUCAUGAACGUUAAUUGUUAGUUCAACUCUCUUGAAAUAUGACAAUUUUAACAACAAAAUAAAUAUUUAUUGUGGUUAAAUAUGAUGAUAUUGGAAA